AAAAAAGUUUACUUUCGUUAAUUGAUAGAAAAACAAGUUUAUUACAAGUAUUGCUCGAAGUAUAUAAUGAUUAUGCUAUACGUUGGUUAUUAAAAAUUGACUGGAAUAGUAUAGAAACGAGGGAGUGGAGAAACGAUAUACUUGUGAAAUUCCUCAAUCAUCCAAAUUUAAUGCCAUCAAAGCAUAAACUGAAUGCCUUAUAUGAUGCAUUCACCAAGGCAAACGUUCUAGAGCCAGAGCAUAUAUUAAUUCUAGCUCGAGCAAUAUACUAA